ACCUGGCUGCUAGGUCGUGAAGUUCCGAGCGCUGCCUCGUCAGCCUUCAGAGCCGCCAUGCUGAGCGCCACGAGCCUCAGGCUCGCCCGGGCGCUGCGGAGACCCCGCGCACUGUCUGCGGUCGCCGGGAGGUGUCUGCAGGUGCCCGGGGCCAGGUUCUGUUCUGACCAGAGCGAGAGGGCUGAGCAGCCCCGCACCUUCCACCCGGCGCUGCUGCAGGUCCUGGUGUGUCCGCUCUCCAAGAAGCCACUUAGAUAUGAAGCAUCGACAAAUGAAUUGAUUAAUGAAGAGUUGGGAAUAGCAUAUCCAAUCAUCGAUGGGAUCCCUAAUAUGAUACCACAGGCAGCAAGGACCACACGUCAAAAUGAGAAGCAAGAAGAAGCUGAGCAGCACUAGACCCUGAUAGUUAAAAAGCAUAACUACUGCGUUCUCUUAAUUCUGUAUACCUUUAACGUGGGGAGGGAGGACUGGGGUGGAACAGUGAUUCUGCCUUGGCCUGCUUGACUGUUCCUCCCCUGCCCUCUUUAGCAGGACUAUUCUGAUCUGCUUUUCUGGAGGAGAAUGUCCCACAGGGCUGCACCCGUACAGACCACGGACAGGCUUUGAUUUUACAGUCUGCUCUUGCCAACCACCAUGCUAGCUAGUGUGUGUGUUCUUCCACCUUUGGAACCAGUAGGUGUAAAACUCUUUAAGCUUAGUUAGUACAACCGUAGCUGGGACAGCACGUGCAUUAAUAAGAGGUCUGCAGCAACAUCUGUGAAAACUACAUAUAAACCCACUUGAUUUAUA